AUGACUUGUGGAUCGGUCUAUACACCAUACGUUCGUAAGGGAUUUGCGCAAUUUAUGGAAGAAACGAACGAGUUGUUGGCAUUUGUCAUUGAAUCAACGAAAAAUGAGAUAACGCCAGUGAACGUGAGAGAAUUAUGCCAAGAAUUCAAAGAAGCAACUGACAAUCCGAAUUCAGAAUUAAGUCUGAUGAACAGACUGCAAACUCUGAAAAUUCACGAAAUGAAUAAUUUGACAAUCGAUACGAAGGUUCGAUUGAUUUUCGUGAUGAGCAUACCAAUCGAUCCAGAUUUUUUCUGCACACCUCUUCUUCUAACCCCACUAGCUGGUAAAACUAUCAGGAAACCGGAUUUUGUGGUUUUCGUGGUUUUUGGUCAUGCUGUGGAUUUUUUCCAUUCGCUGUCUUGGGAACAGGAUUCACUGAAUCGCUCUGAAUUUUUGACACCGAUCUAA